AUGAAGGAGUUUACAAGGACGCCCCUGUUAGAAGCACAAUUUACAAGUGGCACUCAAAGUCGAAGGGCGACUAUUCCAUCGUCCUGGACGCCCAAUGGAGGUGGGUUUGAACGUGCUGCGGAGCCGGAAGCUGAUCCGUAUGAAACUACUAGUGAACUGGCGGUCACUCUUGAAGUGAGUCAGUCUACAUUUGUUCGUGGAUUGAAGUCAAUCGACAAGGUGCGAAAGCUUGGUCGACGGGUGCCUCAUGCUUUGAAGCAGUAUGACAUGGACCGCCGCGCCAACAUGAGACUUCCUAUCCUCAUGCAUAAAAACACCCACACGUGGCUCGAGCACCCAGUCACCGGGAACGAGAAGUGA